AAGUCUGGUCCGUGUAUUUUCACCCGGACCCUUUUACACAUACAACUGAUUUCAAAAAGCGCCGAACUUUCAAAUCGCGUGUCACACCUUUUGGCUAGUUGUCACAUCGUUACAUUACAAGACCUUGUUUCUACACUCAGCUUCAUAUAAAGAUGCUUUUUCACUCUGUCCCAUAAGCAACUUAAACGCCAAAGUGAAAAAGCAUGAUGAUAUUGUUAGCUGGGCACUAACCAACAGACUUCACACUCUAGUCUACAGUCUGUUAAAAUAGAAGUAGGACUAUUUUUAAUGGGAGUUAUUUUCCCAAUUUUGACAAUUUUUUACAGAUGGCUUUUUAUGGUAUUGUGCAGUAUUUAUCGAAUAUAUAUUUUUUAUAAUUCACACUAUUUCUGAACGAACAACUGUUGCAACAGUUGCGAAGAACCAUUAAAGAUUGAGUGAAUAAUUUGCUGUCCGUGUUUUACCUACAUGCACUGUAUGAUUUCAUCGGCGCGUCGCAUGUUUUAUCGUAUUUGUCUUGCUUGUUUUUGCUAGACGACUUCAUGAAAUGAUUCCACGAAAUGAGCUGUAUUCAUAACAUCACACAAGAGUGGUCGAUCACACCUAUUUGGUUUAUUUUCUUUCUGAGUUUUGUGCACCUCAAACGUUAACAGCAUAAUGGAAAACGCUACCUCGCGUGUGACGAAAGACCAAAUCGAGCAUUUGGUACAAAUAAUGGAGAAAAACCCGAAAGUUGCCAAAGGAGUUUGUACGAACCCUGCUUUAUUUUGGCAGGAAGUAAGCGUGGAGCUAAAUUGCUUAGGCCCAGCAAAAGACAAAAAUUCAUGGAAAAAGACAUGGACUGACAAAAAAUCAAACGUUAAGAAAAAGUACAGCCUUAUGCGACGGGAACAAUUGAAAACCGGCGGUGGUAUUCCUGAGGCUAUUUUUUUGAGUGAGAUUGAGGAGCGAAUUUUAAAUGUUACAAACACGAGAGCCAAUGUUGACGGUGUGAAAGAUAGCGUUUGUAUCGGAGCACCAGAACACCUUAACAAACAACCAGCGCAACUUCAACCAGAUCCUGUGGCGUCUUGUUCUUCGGUUGAACAAGAUCCUGUACCGUCUUGUUCUUCGGUUGUACAAGAAUUUGUACCAUCUUGUUCUUCGCUUGUAGAACCUGUACCGUGCCCAGAAACAAUCAAAACAAAUAGUGCGAAACCGUCCCAAAAUACUGCAAAACCGUCCCAAAAUAGUGCGAAACCGUCCCAUAAUAUUACGAAAUUGACCGAGUUGGAAAAGAACCAAACAAAAUUAAUUCAGCAAAAUGAAAUGAUUGCUGAUUCGCUAGCGGAGUUGGUAACGGCUUUUAAAAUUUACGCUGAGAGUACCAUGAAUUUUACUGAGAGUUCAUGA